AUGAACCUCCUCGCCGGCGCUGUUGUACAGCUGCUUCUGUUCUCGCCAUUUUCAUUAGUGACUGCGGCUGCGACGUCACCUCCCAAAGAACCGCUGUUGCCGUGUGUUGCUCAGUCGCCGACGACCGGGCUGUAUUUCGAUCUCAACGCCCUGACCGUCACCCCGCCGAAGUAUAAGGAUGGAGAGAAAGUGUCCAAGGAUGCUCGCGAGGACAGCUGGCCGGCUCGUGGCUAUGACUAUGGGGCAAACUUCACAUUGAACAUCUGUGCGCCGGUGAUUGAGGAGCUGAAGGAUGUCGUGGGCGUCCCUCAGGCGCGAUGGAAGAACGUCAGUGCAUACUACGAAAGAGAAGGCGAAAUCUAUUCGAUAGGAGAACAAGCCUCCGAACCCUUUUUCCGGGGACGCAAGCUGGUGUUGAACUAUACGAACGGGUCUCCUUGUCCCGGCGAGAACGCGAACGCCCCUGCGCGUACCAAGUCGACGAUGAUCUCCUUCUCGUGUGAUCGAGAAGCGCUGCCUUCCCAGGCGUUUGCCUCGUUUGUCGGUACCAUGGAUUCCUGCAGCUAUUGGUUCGAUGUCCGUAGCUCUGCUGCCUGCGGUGGAAUUGCUACGAAUCCCAGCACCGAGGGUCUUGGGCCAGCGGGGGUAUUCGGCGUAAUUGCUCUGAUCGCUGUUGUGGCGUAUCUCAUCGGCGGUUGUGCGUAUCAACGUACGGUGAUGCACCAGCGUGGCUGGAGGCAAUGUCCGAAUUUCAGCCUCUGGGCCGGCAUUGUGGACUUUAUCAAAGACAUGAUCGUUAUCUUCUUCUCCUCGCUCGGCCAAAUGCUCCAUCUCACUCGGUCUCGGGGAGAUGGCAACUUCAUCAAUGCCAUCGGUGGACGACGCUCGGCAAACCUUUCGACUGGCAGGGCUGCCGACAUCGACGCUGAAAACAGGUUAAUUGACCAGCUGGAUGAGGAGUGGGAAGACUGA